CAGCCCUCUCAAAGGACUAGGUACGAGCGCGAGAGAAAAUAGAAGCUAAAUACACCACGGGUGCUUGAGUCGUUUUAUGUCAGUUACAUGUAGCCUACUGUUCAAUACCUAUAUAGCGUUUGGAUGAAUCAAAAGGCAUACUUGAGAAAAUAACAGAAGGAAUCAAGUGAGCAGCUCUCAGCUCUGAGCACUGAGCAGGCAUGUCCCGAAGGAAGCAGAGCAAUCCAAGGCAAUUUAAAUUUGGUGUGGAAGGGGGCCAGACGUUGUGUGAAUUAGAGGAGAACGUGGCGCUGUCUUAUGAAGACUCUAUGGAUGAGAACCUCUCUGAUGAUGCCGGCCGCAAAAGUGUGAAAGAUGCAGAUGACUCCAGCAGCAAAGGUGAAGAAGAGUGUGGACAAUCAAAAUCACAGGUUGAUGAUGGACACAGUGGGAAAUCGGGAGUAAGGCCACAGAACAAGGAAGAGUGGGACGGACCAAGAGAGCUGGAGAUUCUCUAUGAUGGUACAGAGUGGCAGACACGUUCUCGCCAGGCACUUCCUGUGGGCAUCACAUGGGGUCCUUUCGAGGGGAAGAUCGAAAUGACCACAGCAGUAAGUUACAUGGUAGGCUACUCAAUAAUGAACACCGUUUAUGUUCUGGAGAUGUGAUAUGAGCGAUAUGAUAACUAUGUUUGGAUGGAUCCAAAUAUAAAAUGCAUAUUGUAAAGAUAUUCCCAAUGACAUGAAACAUUUCCAUAUUUUCACAAACAAUACUGAACAGAAAUAUAAAUGCAAAAUCUAAAGUGUUGGUCCCAUGUUUCAGGAGCUGAAAUAAAA